AAUAAACCCCCUAUCCAUUCACUAAGUCAUCUUUAUCUCUCAUCAUGCUUUUCUCGACCACCCUCAACGUUGCUGUAUGCGCACUGGUUGCAGCUCAAGGAGUGAUGGCCUCCAAAGGCAAUCACUGGAAAUCUCAAGAUUUCAACGGCCACGACAACAACUCUUGGAAGAAAGAAUGGGGUGUUAGCCAAUGGGCCUACCCUCAACCUCACCAGAAGUCCGGCGACAACGGCAAUCUUAACCUUGUUAAAAAUCCUACCAACUCUAGCGGACAAGUCAUGCAAAUUGCUUACCCCAAGGGUACUUGGAACCCUGCUGACAGCACCGAGAUUGGUGGAGUUGGUUUCUAUGCCUCUCCUCUCCAAGUCCCAAGCUCUGCCAGCAGCGUGUCAUUGUCCUAUGAUGCUUACUUCCCCAACGGAUUCCAAUUCAACAAGGGAGGCAAGUUGAUGGGUUUGUACGGUGGCCACUCUGAGUGCUCAGGUGGAAACAACGCUGACUCUUGCUGGAGUACCCGUUUCAUGUGGAGACAACAUGGUGCUGGUGAAGUGUAUGCCUACAUUGACAAGUCCUCGCAAAAGUCCAACCUCUGCAAAGAGAAGGGUGUCGUUUGCAACCAACAGUAUGGUUACAGCUUUGGUCGCGGCUCUUUCACCUGGAAGACCGGCCAAUGGAACAAUGUUAAGCAAAAUAUCCAACUCAACUCCCCUGGUAAAAGUGAUGGUUCCUUGGAAAUCUUUUUCAACGGCAAACAAGUUUUCCAAAUCAGCAAUCUUGUCUUCCAAAGCGGCGAUUGGUCAACCAUUGGUAUUGAUUUCGAGACUUUCUUCGGUGGUUCCACCAGCGACUGGGCUUCUCCCACCAACCAGUAUGCUUAUUUCAACAACUUCGUUAUGUCCUACAACUAAAGGACCAUAUCACGGAUAACAAAAU